UCAUCAUCAUAUCCUUCUCCUUCUCUCUCUCUUUGUCUCAAAAAUAAAACCCAAAUUGAUCUGUUUGACUACUGGGACAGGGGGAGAUAUUUUGGGGUGCUACUUAAAUUCAUCAAUCAUUUAUUAAUAGGGAAGAGGAGAAGGUGUUGAAUUCUAUCCACGGCGCUCAACUCGCCGGAAUUCAUCGCUUCUCUCUCUCUCCUCAGGGAUUGAUCGAAAGCGCGUAAUAAUAAUUGUAUGAAGUGGGAUUACAUUAAAGGAUACCCUGAGAAGCCAGAGUUUCUUUGAUUAAGUGUCCUUGAUUUCUUAAGUAUCUGUUUGAUUAUAGGUACUGAUUUCCCUGGAGCUUAGAACAACGUGCAAUCGCGUUGACUAUUUGGUAAUAAUAUUAGUUGGGUUAUUGUAGCACAAGAUGGGUGGAUGUGUAUCGACUACACACUCUAGAGUUGCUCCUCACAGGAAGAAGUACACUCGAAGGUCAAGGAAAUGUCGUGGAAAGUUGAGCACAAUCAUAGGGGAUGCUCCUAUAAAAAGGAAAUCAGUUAGUGAUACAGGAAGCCGCAUAUCGGUGAGCGAGUUUGUUCAAAUUGACUUUGAAAAGGGAGGCACCACUACUUGCAGGAGAUCCGAGGUUUCUAAUAAAUCCUUCCAUUUAACUCAGGUGCAUUGGAACCAUGUCGAUGAAAAUGGAGUCUGCCAGGAAGAAGCAUGGUUUGAUUCAGUGAGCAUACUAGAAUCUGAAUCUGACGAUGAUUUUAUCAGUGUUUUCGGAGAUGGAAAAAUACUCAACCUGUCAAACCUGUGGUCAGGUGCACACAUGUUACGUCCCCAAGCAGGAUUGUUGAUUCCUUGUGCAAAUGGUGAUGAGAAGGCAUUACCAGGCUCUUGGUCUGCAAUUUCACCCUCCGUUUUUAGGGUCCGGGGUGAGAGUUACUUCAAAGAUAAACAGAAACAUGUAGCAGAAGGUUACUGUCCUUAUACUCCCAUAGGUGUUGAUUUGUUUGCUUGCUCACAAAAGAUAAGUCAUAUUGCUCAGCACAUUGAGCUUCCCACCGCUCAAGGGAACAGCAAAUUGCCUCCACUACUGAUUGUUAAUAUACAGAUGCCUACAUAUGCUCCUUCAAUGUUCCUGGGUGACAGCGAUGGUGAAGGCAUAAGUCUGGUGCUGUAUUUCAAGCUAUCUGACAAAAUCGACCAAGAAAUUCCAUCAGACUUCAUAGACAGCAUCAAGAGACUGGUAGACAAUGAAUCUGAGAAGCUUAAAUCAGUGGUUCCUUACAGAGAAAGACUUAAAAUCUUGUCGGGGGUGGUAAAUCCGGAGGAUCUUCAGUUGAGUUCUACUGAAAAGAGACUUCUUAAUGCUUACAAGGACAAACCAGUUCUGUCACGCCCUCAGCAUGAUUUUUUCAAGGGACCUGACUAUUUUGAAAUCGACAUUGAUGUGCACCGCUUCAGUUAUGUGUCAAGGAAAGCAUUAGAAUCAUUACGAGAACGAUUGAAAGCAGGAAUUCUUGAUCUCGGUUUGACUAUUCAGGCUCAAAAGCCUGAGGAGCUACCAGAAAAGGUGUUGUGUUGCAUGAGAUUGAACAAACUCGAUUUUGUAAAUUGUGGCCAAAUACCCACAUUGAUGACCCUCAAUGAUGACUAAAUUUGCAAAUAGCUUAGCUUGCUGGGAAACCUUUCAGAAAUCACAACAUGGAAGACAGUUGACACAUUCUUUGUAUAGCUUGUUAUCUGUAUUCAAAAUUGUAAUUUCGUACCGAAUUAAAGAGAAGGGUCAAAAAAUAAUAUAAUAAAAAUGUAGGAAAUUGUAAUUCUUUUCUGUUAACCCUUCCUAAAUGACCUGUCCACUCUUUUAAGCCUAAGCACACCCAUAUUCUUUUUGAGUUUUGUUGCUAUCCUGCACAGCAGAAGCACAUCGGAUUUGCCAUCGUGUAAUUGUAAUGUCAUUGAAUAAUGAACAACUACAAAGUAAUCAUGUAAUUUGGCAAAGUUAUGCUACUUAGAUUUUCUUUUUCGACAGGACCUUUAA